CCAAGAAUCCCAUCUUACCAUGGCCGCCGGUCAAAAGCUCUACCCUCGUGCGACGGUCAAGAAGAUCGUCAAAGCCCAUUCGAAACGUAACGUUAGUAAGAAUGUUGAUGUCCUGAUUUUCCUCGAUUAUGCGCUCUUCUUACAAACGUUGAUGAAGGAAGCUACCAUCAACGCGAAGCAGGUUGGUGAACGAGGAAUCAGUGGCAAGAGCGUCAAGAAAGUCACAGAGAUGUCACUCGCAAAGUUCAAGGGUUGAAGGCUUGGAACUGGGGAGCAAGGCUAUAUUGCACAUGGAGAUGGAACCAGACUUUGCAGGCUUGUUUUGAUGCUGUGUCUCAAAUCGAAGAGAAUGAGAGGAGUCGAUAUUGGAAACUGCGUUGCAAUAAAGGAGAUAAAAAGAGGUGGUACACGGAAGUUACGAGGCUGAAGACGGGCCAAGGGAGGCAUGUGUGUCCACAAGAGAGGAAACACAGUUGAUGAGUGGUUCCAGGACUUACCAGACAAGAAAAUUAAGGCCCAUGAACAGUAGAGAGCAAUUGAUACUCAGAUGAUACACUCCCG